AUAGCUAACUAACACAAUAUCUCACUACCACAGUUGUUAGCAGAAGCAGAAGUGUCAAUGGCCUAUUCAGAACUGCUGCUGCUAUUGGGGAAACUCUGGUGGUCGACCAUAGAUUGAGGUAGGCCGUCGGCACCAUCGAGUACAGGUCAGCGGCCUUCAAGCGUCACUUGCUUUGACGCUAGAAUGUUGUUAUUCACCCAGUCGGAGCUAGCGGAAUUCGUGAGCUGGAACAAACACCCUUCCCCGCUGGCACGGCCGCAUCCAAUUACGUGAUCUCGGGGCAUUCAUAAUAGCGUUGACAGGCUUCGUGUUCACCAAUUUUUGCGGGGCAUCCGUAUGAGCAGGCACAAGUAGCUGACGCUCCACUCAACUGUGCAUAAGCAUGGAUUUUCUGGAUGAAGCAAGUACACCUGGCCACAUUACUGCUAAAUUGCCGGAGCAGUAGAACCAUUGCGCACGCAACUUCGAUUCCUACCGUUCCUGUGUAAGCUGGGCCGCCGCUGAAAAGGAGCAGUAGUUUCCUGUACGAAAAUGAAAAAGUAUCAGUACGUUCAGUGUUACGUAAACGUGUGCGUAGACGGCGUCAAUAUGGUGAUCCUUCACUAUCGUGCGUCAAAGAAUACGAGCCUCGCUCAGUCGGAUAUCAAUUUCUUUGAAGCGACCUACCUAAUCAUGCUAACCCUCGGACUAGGGGGUGGUCGUGAUAAGCAUCUAUAUACUAAUGAUGGCUCUAAUCGCGGAGCCGCGCGAUUUUUUCGAAGGACGCAAACUGCACUCUGGUCUUUUUCGUUGCUGCAGGUACGCAUGGGUCCUGUAGCUCGAGUGCAUCAAACAGCAUAGGAGUCUUCGUCGCAGCAAACAGCAGCAAUAGAGUUCUGUGCAUAAUUUCGCAUCUGUCAAUGAGGAAGUUGAAUCCAGAACUACGGGCCCACGAAUAUCUUUGAUUUCCAGCGUGCGGACCAGUCAACGACCAUCUCAGCGAAAGACCAACAACCACAUUGAAAAGUGAUGGUAAAGGUUUACGCCCGCGUUCUUUGCUCGGACAUUGAGUACAAGACGCUAUGUAUAGAUGGGACUACUUCAGCUCAGCAGGUGAUAAUGAUCUUACUGCAAAAAUUCAAAAUGAAGCAUCGUGAUCCCAAUCUAUAUUACCUCACCAUGGAAGUCUGGAUGCGUAGUACAGGAAUCCCCAUCCGGACAAUUAUGGUCCUAGACGAUGAGGCUCGUCCCGCUGAGUUACAAGCGUGCCACCCUAAAGGAGAGUCAAAAUUUCUACUUCAGACUCGUCGCGGAGGGUUAAUCAGGGUUUACGAUAGCUGUCUUAUGGCCGGGUCGCUCUACAAGUCUCUACUUGUGUCAGAGAAGACGACGGCCGAGCAGGUGGUCCAGCUUGUCCUACACUGUUACAACUCGCUUGAGAGACCAUCAAAGUUUGCCCUGUAUCUCGUGUCACACACGUCCAGCUAUGAACGUAUGGUGUACCCUCAAGAGGUCCCAUUGAAGCUCCAGCAGGACUGGCCUUCAUCCCAGAGACUCGCGUUCCACCUUCGUCGCGCGCAGACAACCACGUCCUGUCCCUCCACAUGGAGUACCGGAUCAACCGGGUCCAAUUCAUCGGCGUCCAGCACGCUGUCAUCUGAGUCCGUAUCCAGUAUUCAGUCGGUAUUUCAUUCACGCCCGACAACAACGGCAGCUGCAUUGUCCCAUAACACGCCCCACACAACCCUCGGUGUCCACAGCGUUCAUCCCCUCACUCGGCCAACGAUUCAUACAUCUUUGAGCCAUCAGCAGAAUGAACCCCUUCGUCGUCAGCAGGUUUCUCCGCCUUCUCUUCCUUUGCUUCUGUCCCCGCCACUGCACAAGCAUCAUCAGGGCCUUCAGCCAUCGUCACAAGAGCUAUACAUUCAUCGACUGCGCACGUCGAGGUCAUCGGUCGAACUAUCCUCGGCCGGAUCAUCAAGUUCGGCCUCUUCGGCCACAUCGGCAUCACCUGGAUCGUCGCCAGCGCCCACUGCAGUGUUUCUAGGUAGCGGGGGAACCGCUAACGCAGUCGGGGGCGGCCUUGUCGCUCCUGGUAAAUCCCACUACAAUUCGUACGAGAACUGUUUUUACAUCUAGCAAUACUGCCACCAAUCCUACGGUGUGAGAAAGGCUGUCUGGAUGAUUCUUGCACAGACCUGGUGUUCUUGUUCCACAGGCCCGAGUUUGACUGAGUGAGAUGUGAACGCUACCGCAUGAAAAAUUCCAAAAGCGUUUUUGUUUUUUUUUCUUUAUCGAUAAUGAGUUUUUUUGUUCAGGGGCAAGCGAAAGAGACGAAAAGCCGUACGCCUUCUUUUUGAAGUAAUAGGCCAAUACGACAUCGUUUGGCUCAUGUCUCAUGACAACUAUUUACGUUUCUUAUGGUAGUGUUCGAGCAAUUCUGCGGAAAGCAAUAUUUCGAAGUUGCAACUAACUGGAACGGGACAAAACACUUUUUCCCGAAUAGUUCACUAGAUGCACAACGCGAGAAUGAGAGUUUGAUGCCAAUAGAGAUAGCAGAGUAUAUUCAAAGAGAACGAUGAAUGACUGUACAAUUGGAGUUGCAUAUAUAUGUAUGAGGUAAAUGGCGACAGAAUCUUCGGCGAGUCGUUAUACGUUAAUGUUAUAUUGUUGUUACCGGCGCACGGAGUUAUGUCGCUGUGAACGAGCGAUGCUAGUCAAAUGCUACCAAACAAACAAAUAUCCACUCAAUUUUUAAUCAACUAACGAAACACAAACAUUUCAUGGACAAAAUGCUGAUGAGACCUUUAAAGACGAAAAUACAAGGUUGAAUGUGCUAACGAUUUCGCCUGCUCUACAAAGGACCGUGCGUAAAUAAAAAAAGCCCCAGCGAGCGAAAUCAGGAGGAGGGGAAACAAAAAAAAGUAAACCCAGUGUAUGUACGAACAUUUGUGUGGGGUCGAUAUGACCAAAUAUUAAUUAAUUUUGAAUUUAUUUACUAAUUGUAUUGGAAAUAUUAGGAUGCAGAUUAUAGGCAAAGUGAAGCAAAUCAUGGACCAGCGUAUUAUUCAGGAAGGAAUUAGCACACAAGUAUAUAACACAACACGACAUAACGCUGGGGGCGUCUUCGAUGCCUAUAGAAUCUAUUUUUAUUUUUGCAUGUUUGUCAUUUGUAAAAGAGUUUUUCUAUUGUCAGUUUAGCCUUUUGCCUUUCAAACAAACGUUCUUGACCAUUAAUGUUAAAACAGUUACGGUCUAUACUAUGUUAGUUACUAGGCCCUUAGUGUGCCAUUGAUGAUACAUGAACAAGGGAACUGUGUACGGGCGUCAGACAUUUGUGUAGUAGCUGAAAUGGCGCUCAUAUUUUUCACAGCCUGAAGCAUUAUUUCUUCCUCGUGCUCCAACCUGGGCAGAAAACGUAUCUAGGCUGACCAGUCAUCUGAUCCAUGGUCUAUAUUUUCUUCCGCCUAGCAUAAUUAACUUAGAUGUACCGGACGGCGUGUAUGCCAAGAUGUUCGUAUUCGAAUAUGGAGCGACUUUCCACAGAUACCCCACUUCCCCCAUUGAACCACGCACCACUUCGUAUCGAUCGUGUACAACGGCUGUGCAUGUGGCAUCGAGCAGUAUGGGGCCGGGAUAAAGUAACGUGUUACCAUCCGUGUACAUGUGGGCACGUCGGAGCGCCACAGAUAAACUCGAAUCGAAAGGAACGAAAACAAAGAGCACUGAACCAAAAUUCGGUGUUGUUAAACGUAAAAUUGCGUAUUUAUUAUUAUUUACAUCAAACGAUCAUUUAAUGUUAUGCAUAUACAACACAGAAUGAUUGUUCAGAUACUAACAGGAGCAGCAGCAACAACAAAAACAGAAACCAAAGCAAUAACUUAGCGAACUAUAGUGUAUCGUAAAUUUAUGCAUGGCUAACGCAAUACGCCAACAGAUUCGAGGUGACUACCGAGCAGGUCGAUAGACCUAUGUCAGAGUGGAUUUAUCGAUGAAGGCAAAUGACACAAGGUUAGCUAGGCAGACCGGAGUUAAUAAACGAAGCUGUAAAGAGUUUAAGCGAAACAAGGCGAGGGGAUGAAGCCACGCUGAAAACUAAGAAAGAGAAAGCCAUGGAACAAAAGACGAAGUAAUAUAAACCGAUCGUAGUAAACCGUUCGAUUUCGCUGUAGAUUAUCGAUUUCAAAAAAAUCAAUCGUCACUAUAACAAUUAUUAUUAAUAAUUAAAUGUAUUAUUACUGUGUAU